AUGCAACAGAUGCAACAACCUCGUUUCUAUGAGAAACAACCGCCCCAAGCACCCACAAGCAACUCCAGUCCAUCUUUGGAAGACUUGGUGAAGUCUAUGGUUACUAGUACCCUGCAAUUCCAGCAAGAGAUGAAGUCAACUGUCGAAAAAUUACAAGGUCAGAUCAAUCAAGUGUCGGAGGAGGUGAGACAACUACGUGAAAGAGGAAAGUGGCUUGCUCAGCCUGAGCCAAAUCCAGCAAAUGUCAGCGCCAUCACUAUCUGCAGUGAUACGAAGAUUGAAUGUUCUUCCCGGCCUAAUCCAAAGAAUACGAGUGCUAUAACUCUUCGUAGCGGAAAUGAAUUGGAAGAUCCACCUCAUAUCUCAAAGGAACAAAAUGAGGAUCAGAUUAAGAUGAAGAUUGAAAAAAAAACGGAACUUCACGAAAAGCUACUUCCUGACUCUGUUCCUCCUACUGAAACUAAAUCAGCUCCUUUUCCUGACAGGUUGAAGAAACCACAAAUGGCAAACAAACGAAAAGAGAUGAUGGAAAUAUUCAAGAAGGUGGAACUUAAUAUCCCGCUCCUGGAAGCUAUAAACCAAAUCCCCAAGUACGCGAAGUUUUUGAAAGAACUGUGCACCAACAAAAGAAAAUUGCGAGGGGACGAGCAUAUUAUAGCGGGUGAGAACGUUUCUGCUGUUAUAAAAAGAAAGGUACCACCUAAAACAGGUGAUCCAGGGCCUCUAAAAGAAACAGGAAUUAUUAUUCAACUUGCUGAUCGAACCCAUGCUUAUCCCGAUGAUUGUUUUAAUCCACUGCCUCUUUUGUUAGGAAGACCUUUUAUGUGCACUGCAGGAACAAAGAUAGAUGUUAAAAAGGGCACACUCAGCUUGGAGAAACUUGUGAAGUUGUCGCCGCCUCCAACCUCCGGCGCCGUCGACUUCUUCCUCCCCUGCUCAAUCAUCGCCGAUCACCACAUCCGCUCCUCUUAA